AUGCGCAGCAUGUUUGUGGACGGCUACGAUUUCAGAAGUGUGUCUAUGUGCAAGUUUGAUCUUAUUAACUUUUGGGCGUCAUCGAUUGACAUACGAAACAUAGCUUGUGUCUUGACUUCACUCUGAUUGAAAAUAACGAAGAUGAAAAUGUCAGAGGACCACGACGCGCACGUUCUCAACAUGACCACAUGUGCACAAAUUAACCUGUCUUUUACGCGCAUAUUUUUACCAGCUGUGUUCGUGCUGGUGUUUGUCGUCGGAACUUUUGCAAACUUCUGUGGGUUAAAAACUGUUUUUACAAGCUGGAAGAAAAUUGGAAGUAUUAACAUAUUUAUUCUCAACCUUGGAAUAGCGGACUUGCUAUACCUAUUUACAUUACCAUUUUUGGUUGUCUAUUACGCGCUAAACAGUAAAUGGAUAUUUGGACAAACAUUCUGCAAGAUCACCAGAUUCUGUUUCAAUUUGAAUCUCUACGGCAGUAUCGGGUUCCUGACAUGCAUCAGUAUUUAUCGAUACCUUGGUAUUGUGCACCCAAUGAAGGUGAUGGGAAGAAUCAACACUCGCCACUCUGUGGCAAUAAGUUUUCUUGUCUGGAUUUUGGUUUUUAUUCAGAUACUUCCCGAUAUGUUCUUUGACAAGACAGCGCCAAAUUCCUCAGAUGCGUGCUAUGACUCAACAGCCGACCACCUUAUCAAGGAUUACCUGCGGUAUAGCAUUGGCUGGACCGUUACCGGAUUCGUUAUACCAUUGCUCGUCAUUCUUGCUUGCUAUGGACAUAUAGUAGUGGUCCUUGCCACCAAAGCCAACGUCAAUACUUUAUUGAAACAGAGGUGUCUAAAACUAGUCAUCAUCUUGACUGUGUUAUUCUCAAUUUGCUUUAUCCCUUACCAUGUUUUGAGAAAUCUCAAUUUGAAGAUAAGGAUUUUGAAAAUGGAAGGCACCUGCAAAGCAAGCUUCGAUUACAUCUAUGUUGCUCAUCAAAUCAGCCGCGGCCUAGCUUGCCUGAAUAGCGCAAUCAACCCGUUGAUUUACUUGAUUGGAAAUGAUGAUUUCCUCAUGCGCUUUCAUAUUGUCAGCAAACGAGCCAGGAUGUAUUUUGUUCAUUGGACUGGUGCUGUAAUCUACCGCAAGGCAGAUCCACCAACAGAAGAAUUUCAACCAGCAAACUUUGACCAGCUAGUUAUUUAAACCAAUAAUGUAUCAAAAGCCUGUAUGUAAACAUGCUGUACUUUAUGCUUUAUUCAACAUUCUCAGAGUAUUUUAUUGUGUUAUGUGAGAGCCUAUGAGUGGCUGAAUGCACUUGUGUAAAGUGAUAUACUGUUCAAUUUAGUCAGUGAUAUGUAGAGCUAUAUCACUGAAAAAAACUAACUCAAUAUGCAUUUCCGAUAUUACAUAAGAAUGACAGGUAUUCCAGCAUCCUAUUACAUACCAAUGACUGAAGUAUUCCUCUGUUUUCAAUAAACAGUACAAAUGUGUCAAGCUCAAA